AUGCUUAGAAUAUUACGUUGGUUGUCAAUGAUGGUGAUUGCUGUUGAUAACUGUGAUUGUCUACCUACCAUGGUCUUAUAUGGCACUGACGUUUAUCAGGAAGAUCUUUUGAAUGAGUCUCAAUGUGAAAAAUUGUAUAAGGAACGGACCCAUCAAGAAAUGAUAAAAUGUAUGUGUGAAUCACAUACAAAGAGAAUACUGUACAAUUGGAUUUGA